AUUAUGUAGUAAGUUACUGUAAUUGCAAGGGAUACAGGCGUCAUUUCAAGCUCAAGAGGUCUCUCAUCGCGUAGUGCCGUUGCGGUGCGGCGUAUAGCAUGCAACCCCUUCGGUUUUAAGCGAUCUCCAAAGGAGCCGUACAGCCAUGGGAGUCCAUUACCUCAGCCAUGCAAUUUCCACCAUCAAUAAUUUAAUCUAUUUGCUCCAAAGCUGAAGAGAUAUCCUGAAGCUGUCGGACAGUACAGGGAAAAUAUAGCUUAAGUAAUUACACAGGGGGUUGUCCAAAACAUCCCAGAUGACACUGUCCUGUUGAAUGGUCUCCUUUACGACUGGGCAAUAAAAGUUCCACCAGGUUAGAAGAGUGAUGACCAUCCUGUUCCUUACUAUGGUAAUUUCAUACUUCAGUUGCAUGAGAGCUGCUCCCAUGAGAGAUGCCCCGGGUAUGCGGGGCCACCGAACGGAAGGCUACUUGGGUGCUGCAGUGACAGCCGGCCGGGGCCACGGGACUCCACAGAGCGGGGGUGGGCCGGGCCAGCAUGGGGGACUGCCCUCGCUCACAGACACGUUUGAGCAGGUGAUUGAGGAGCUCUUGGAGGUGGAUGGAGAAGCAGCUCAGCUGGGGCCAGGGCCUGACAAGGGCCAGGGAGGAGGGGGUCCUUCCUCUGUGGUCACCACGGAGACCAAGGAUGUCGACCUGUAUGCAUCGCGGGUGAUGAUCAGCAACCAAGUGCCUUUAGAGCCACCGCUGCUUUUUCUCCUGGAGGAAUACAAAAACUACCUGGACGCCGCUAACAUGUCCAUGAGGGUACGGCGGCAUUCUGACCCGUCGCGGCGUGGCGAGCUGAGUGUGUGUGAUAGUAUUAGCCAGUGGGUGACAGCUGUGGACAAAAAGACAGCCAUAGACAUGUCUGGGCAGACCGUUACCGUCCUGGAAAAGGUCCCUGUCCCCAAUGGCCAACUGAAGCAAUACUUUUAUGAGACCAAAUGUAACCCUAUGGGGUACACAAAGGAGGGCUGCCGUGGAAUAGACAAGAGGCAUUAUAACUCCCAAUGCAGGACAACCCAGUCCUACGUGCGAGCGCUCACCAUGGAUAGCAAAAAGAAGAUUGGCUGGCGGUUUAUAAGGAUAGACACAUCAUGUGUAUGCACAUUGACCAUUAAAAGAGGAAGAUAGUGUAUAUAAUGUAUAGAUUUUAUUGAGAGUUUAAAAAAGAGAGUAAAGAGAAAAUAUCUAUUUGUAUAUAUACAUAACAGGGUAAAUUAUUCCGUCAAAUGAAAAUUUUAUGGACUGCAUGUAAAAAAAGAUGAAGUUUAUACAGUAAAAGUGAUACUACAGUCUAUUUAUUGAACAUAUUCAUGACCUUGUAAACAAUUAAAAAAAGAUCUGAUCAGUCAUUUGCGCCCAGUUUAAAUUACUAUAUCACAUUCCUCAAGACAUUGUGGUUUGUUUACGUUGCCAAGAAUGUGAGAAAGAAGGAAAAGAGCGAUGAGGAUGAGGGAGAGGGUGAGGACGAGUUCCAUUAAAAAAAACUUGCAUGCUGCUUCAAUUGUGAAUUGAGAAUUUGUCCACCUAAGAAAAAAGGAUAUGAUACCGACCAAAACAUUCCGUUUACAUACUCAACAGUAAGGGUUUUCCUCCUCAGUACUUUAUCUGUUUACUGUUCUAAACUUCUCAAGGUAAUGUUGGAAUUACAUACUAUGUCAAGGUGCUGUUGUCAAAGCUUUGCUGUUUAUUUUUUUAUCCCCACCAG